GCGCAGUGGAUGCAACAAUUCUUCUUAGUGUUAUUUCUCCAAUUUGACGUUUUUCAUUCUUGCUGACAUACAGAACGGCCGACUCCAUUGCAAAUCAAAACAGCGCAAAUUCAGUGGAACAGCUUAGAGAAAAAGUCAAUUUGUUUGCGCUAUUGGUAUUCGUGGAGGACAGUGCAAUCGUUUUUGGCAAGCGCCAAGUAAGGAAGUGGCAAGUAUGCUGAACUUUUUCAAAGACGUAAUGGCUCCUACAACGCGUAGCGUAAAAUCUGAAGACAAUAAAGAUGGCGGUGUCUGUGGUAAACUUGGAAUCAGUGAAAAUUGUGCCAUGCAAACUACAGCACCUCCAUCAAUUAAAGGCUACAAAAUAACAGACAACGAACGUUCUAAAAAAUUUGGCAUUGGCGCUAAUUCACUACAAACUCUAAAGGAUAAGGCGAAACUAAAGUUUCCUAUUAAAGACUUACGGUUGUAUAUUUCUAUUGAUGGCUUUGAAGUAUCUGAUGAUGAUUACUUUCAAACAUUGGCGCCUCAAACACUUUUCAUUAUAGCUGGGCCGGAUGAGAUUAUAACAACAGAUGCCGACUUUGAAUUCGAAAAACUGCGCCAAAACUCACCCCUACUCCGUGUUGCCGAUAUCAUUUAUGAAUUCAUUGAACAAAAUCCCGAACAAUUUCGCAAAAUGAUAACGGAUUAUGAAAAUCGUAAGAUUUGUCGUCAACAAGCGCUCGACAGCAACAAACAGGCAUACCAAAGCAAAACCGAACUUAGUCUGCGGACACAACACAGCGAGUGGUUUGAGGGACAAGAGGAACGUUGCCAUUCCAAGGAAGAGGCCAUGGCGCGUCGUGCACAAGAUCGCAUGCGUAGCUACUACUACAAAACGAAGGAGGAACUGACGCGCAAUAAACUGUAUCGCCAAAAUCUAAAAGCACGUCACAUAAUCGAUGCAGUGCUAGAACAAUUCCGCUAUUUGCUAAUCGGUUGUGAUUACUUCUCCAUGCUAUUCGAUCGCAAGUGUCCGAAAAAACAUGCAAUUUUACAACAACAACUCGACGAUGAAACAGAUGCCAGUGCAAUGCUACCAAAUAAACGAUUGCGUCAGGUCAUCAAGGAGUACACGGCACGCCAUAAAAUACUAGACGAAUGGUCGGUAUCACUCUGCACUGAGCUAGGCGAUUUCUACUGCCAAGGCAGCUACUCGGAUAACGGCAAUUGUUGCGCGCUCAAACACACCAUUAACCCAUAUGCAUCACGUGAGAAUUUAAUACUCUUCCAAGUGUGGAAUUUAGAUCAUCAAAUCGAGCUGUCGCGUUCCAUAUUGCCCGCUUUAAUUGAGAAUGUGCGCGAGCUGGUUGAGCAUCCGCAACGCAAAUGCACGUUGCAUAAUAAGCGCGUUAUUGACAUUUCUGUGUUGGAAUAUUUUUUAGAAAUAUUCUCUUUGAAAAAUCUAAAACUGGUGCAUAUUGUCUGUCAUGAUAAAACGCAGCGCGCAAACAAGUCCAAUGGACGUCUGGUAUGUGUGCAAUGUCAUGAGUACAAAAUCGUGCAGGAAUUAAUGGGUGUGCGCAAUCAGGAGGAUGAAGUGGAUGCAGCGAGUUAAACAAUUUCGUGUGUGUGAUUGUUAAAAGGUAGGACACAUUCCUUUGAGUUAAAGUAGUGUCAGUUUGUGCUGAUGUAAAGUAAAUUUGAGUGCUGCCAAAUAGUAAAAUUUGACGUGCAAUAAAUUUCCAUUCUACGCUUUGCAAUUUUGAAUAUGAAUAUGUUCUGAAUAAAUCUACACACACAUUCUGUCUUAAUACUUGAAUUAACUUAAACUUACUAUACUUACUGUUUAAGGCAAAUUUGUUAGUAAGACCUAAUCUAUAAAUUUUACUAAAUAAAGAGUUAUUGUUGCGAUUGGAUCUCACCUCCGAUUUGCUUAAAACUUAUACAUAGUUUCUUUAGGGCAUUAGAAAAACGA